GGGCCUGGGUCACAAAGGCCGUUGCCAGGCGCCCGGCAGAGGAAAGAUGCGGCCCCGGGAACAGCGGCCGCCACUCGGGAGCGUGCGACCCGCGGAGCCCAGCAGGAGGCGGAUCUACCUCCACACCCCCCCGGGGAGCUCCAGCCACUCGAAAUACCACCCUCGGCCUCGGAGGUGACAUACAGCUCAGCUGCGGUUCUGCAUCCUUGUUUUCCAGGUGGAGAAGUUGAGGUGAAGAAAGAAGGGUCAGAGAAAGACACAGUUGUUUGGGGAAAUGAGAGGAAUGUCCACCCCGUUCUUUGAAAUGUAGAAGUGGAGAAUCCACAUGCAAUCCUGAACAAAUAAGCAAAACUUGGUUCACCUGAGUUAAAGGGGAGGAAGAAGAGUGACAAUGUCAAAUACUAAAUAAAAGGUUUGACCAUGAAUAUAACAAGUAUUCUACAGAGUAGUACAUGUCUCAUCCAGAACCAGAAGCUGACUUUUAUUUAAAGGUGUAUCAAUGGCAGGAUAUCAGCUUUGGUCACCAUGGACCCCACUGGAUGAGAGUUUCCAGUGGCUGCGACAUACAACACCUACCCCUUCUUCCAAGCACCCCUUUAGGGCCUCUCACUGCUUUCCACACACUCCUUCAGACCUAGAAGUGCAGCUUUGCUUCCAAGAGGUCACCCUUGUCCUAGACAGCCCCUUUCUAGAACCCGGGGUGAGCCCCAAGUUGCCCUGUCACACAUCAGAGCUCCGAACGAUGAACAGUAAGAAAGGUCUCGUCAGGAAGCCUCAGCCUGUCCGCCUCAGUGGAGUGGACUCUGUCUUUGGCAGGAUCAUCACGGCUCAGCCCCCAAAGUGGACGGGGACAUUUCGAGUUUCAGACAAAUCAGCAUUUUGCAAAAUCAUCAGUCGGGAGCAUCAAUGGCCCACUGGACUAAAGGAGCCUCAAAUCCAAAUGACAGUGACUAUGUGUAAGCAGAUGCUACGGUCUAUCCUGUUACUGUAUGCAACUUACAAGAAGUGUACUUUUGCCUUGCAACACUCCAAGUAAAAUCCCUCCCUGGUUUGCAGUCAUACUCAUACCAUGUCCUUUAGUAAGUGUCUGGAGUUACAGAAACUCACGUAAAGGAAACUGCAACAUCAUUGGAGCUGUCUUACCUCUUCUGUCAAGACAAGACAAUGCAGGAGUCCCCCCCACCAAUAAGGGCCGGUGACACAGAGCAAGAGAGAACGUCUUUCACUUGUAAAAUUAAACCACUUUAAAAAUGAGUCAAACUAGCACAUGUACACGUGAUAAUGAAGAGCAUUAAACAAACAGUAUAUACCAAA